AUGGCAAAACUUCAAAGUCUAUCAGCAUUUUUAUUUUCCUCUUGUCCUUUACCACUAGUAACAUUAAAUAUGGACUUUUUCCUUAUUUCCUUUUGGAUUGACCCUUUAAGGCUGUGCUUGAUUGAGUGGAAAAGUGGAAGGGUGGGUAGGGGAGAAUGGAAAAGUGGAAGGAAAAUAAAUCUUGAGUGUGUGAAAAGAUAUGUUUAUAUCUCUGCUGCUGACUUUGGCUUGGUAAACUAUUUAUUGCAGGGAUAUUAUGAGGGGAAGAUGUCUUUGCUGGACUAUUUGUUGUUGUCUGUGUUUGUGCUUAACAUUCUACACAAGUUAUUAUUGCUGUUGCAUUUACAUUGCUUCUUAUUCGCUCGCUUAUUGCUAAUGUUAUGGUUCUUUACAUCACUAAAGGAUUUCACUUUUUCUAUUUCAGGAGUGAUUUUGAGGCCUGGCUUCAUUUGUGGGACUCGCAGUGUUGGAAGAGUGAAGUUAACUCUAGGUGUUGUUGGUUCGCCAAUGGAAAUGGUUCUCCAACAUGCAAAACCAUUGAACCAGUUACCACUUGUUGGCCCACUGUUCACUCCUCCUGUUAAUGUUACUUCCGUCGCCAAGGUUGCAGUGAGAGCGGCAACUGAUCCUGUUUUCCCCCCAGGCAUCGUAGACUUCUAUGGAAUACAACGUUUUAGCUAGCAAAUGUCAAGAUAGAUUAGUUGAACUUGAAUUUUUGCGUUGUUUCCUAUUGUUCAAAAGUAUAGAGCUGUCAAUAUCAAGCGGGUAAAGGUGCAUCUGGCUGAUUGUAAGUUCUUAUAAUGGUUGCUGUUGGAGUUGUGAUAAGACAGUGAACUGAAUAAGGUCAUUAGUUCAGUCUGACGCAAUAAAAAUUUCCAAGAAUGCUUGAGACAUUUUGUUCUGCCUCUUGGAAUGGUCAGCCAUUAGUAGUAGUAAAUU